CGCGUCCUAACUAUUCAACAAACAUCGUUACGCAGCCCAAGAUUCACAGAUUCUUACAGAUCUGAUGCAGCUGAAGACGCAGCCCAACGCCAAGGCCGUUUAGAGAAAAUUUUGUCAAACAAGACAUGUCCUAUCUCAAGAUUUCUGUUAUGAAAUACUUGCUAGCAUUGUUAUGCAUAAUUGGAAUUUUAGCCAUGGUCUUAACUAAAUCAAAAUCUCCACCAUAUGAACCAGGCCAUAUUGAGAAAACUGUAAAAUGCAAGUCUGAUUUGAUGGAGCGGCGCCAGCUGCCGCCCGCCGAUCCGCGGCCGGUGCUGUACGUGGUGACGCCCACCUACCGGCGCGUGGAGCAGGUGCCCGAGCUGACCCGGCUCGGCCAGACGCUGCUCACCGUCCCUCACCUGGUCUGGAUGGUGGUGGAGGACGCCGACGCGUGCUCACCGCACGUGGCUGCGCUGCUAGACAGACUGGGCAUGCCGUACGUGCACCUGGCCAGCGCCAUGCCGGCCCAGUACCGCAGCGAGAGGUACGUGCCGCGCGGCGUGUCCAACCGGCGCGCGGCCAUGACCUGGCUGCGUGACCAGAGCCCGCAGCCCACCGGCGUGAUGUACUUCCUGGACGACGACAACACGAUCGACAUCAGACUGCUGGAGCAGAUGCGCCACACCAAGAAGGUGUCUAUGUUUCCCGUGGGCCUGGUGGCCGACUACCUGGUCAGCUCUCCAAUCGUGCAGGAGGGUCGGGUGACGGGCUGGUUCGACGGCUGGAUCGUGGACCGCCAGUUCCCCGUCGACAUGGCCGGGUUCGCGGUGAACCUCUCGCUAGUAAUGGCCUCCGACGCAUUGAUGCCUUACCACGCCGGCUACGAGGAGGAUAAGAUGCUGCGAGCGUUCGGUAUCACCAUGGACGAGAUCGAGCCGCUGGCUAACCAGUGCACAGAGGUCCUGGUAUGGCACACGAAGACCAAGAAGAAUCAGCCGCCGUCGCUGAGACGGGAAGUGGCUAGUCAUCCCAAUAGCAACAUAGCAGCACUCGCGGAAAACAUGGAACGGAUUGCCAUGGCAACCACGUGAUUCUUCUUUGAAGCACUCUGAGCGUUGACAAAAAAAAAACUGAAUAGUCAGUCGACAGCUAAUGUGGCCGAUGCUAUAAGUGCUUCGGACGUGGGGGACGGGGCCGAGUGUCCUUUGUGUUUCUGUGGCCAUAACCUAUGAGUGUGUUACUGUAGCCAUAGCCUGUGAUGUGCGGUGGUGUAAUCCAGGUGCUUCCGAACAGAGUUAUACUCAGAACUCGAGGUAGGCACGUUCAUAGUGUGAUACAUUGGUGAGAUUGAAGACGACCGGAACAAAGUUGGUGUAUUGCACGUUGUAGCUACCGCGAUGUGUGCUUGUUUGCCUGUGGAUAACUGUUCGUGUGAUAUUGGUGGUAGUCAUUUUCGUUUGUUGUGUAUGUUCUGAGCUUGUUUGUUGAUCCCGUGUGUCCGUAUGUUUGAAUGGAGCACUUCACUUUCACAAUCAUUUAAUUGUAUUUACUUAUGCAAAACGUAUACUCUAGUUGGAGAUAAAGGAAUGAAUGCAUUUCACUUUCGACUGCCUCAUGGCUCAUACAUGAUGAAUAAACACUUCGACAUGCA